GCUUCACUACCAGACAGCUUUUUAGUUGUUUCUAAUUCUUAUCCUAAUUAUCACACUUAUUGGUUGACCUAGCAAAGGGGAUUUUGCCCACUAAUCUGUUUAGUAAUGCAAGCAGGGUGAUAUAUAUUGGUGAUGGAUAGCAAAGCAUUGUAGGGCGCUUUUUUUCAUAAUUUGCCAUUUGGUAUUUUUAAAUAGGAAAAUUAUCUUCUGGAGCAUCUAAAAAAAUGGAAGUUCAUGUCAAGUCCACUGAACACUUUCAGUUAAAUAGUAAUAAAAGCCCAUUGGAAAUCUUAAAACUCAUCGCUGAACAUUUCUAAAAUAUUGUAGACUGAUUUUUCAGGUUAGAUUCUUAAGGCAAGUAAGUAUAAGCUUAAAAAACAGAUGUUUUUCCAAGGCAGCCAUAAGGAUAUUCUGAUAUUCAAGAACUAAUUUACGGACACAAGCAUGUUUCAUCUAGUUUGUUUUUCUGAUGAAAGGUUUUCUAUGAAUGAUGGGCAGGUGUUGGCUAGUAUCCCAGUGGCUGACAAAAAGUACUAAUCAAUAUUGAGUUGAAGAAAGCUCUUUCAAACAAAUAAUGAUCUUUACUCUCCCAUUAAAAAUAAAUUUCAGGAAAAGAGUACACUGAGUUUGAGAACUCUUCUUUCCACCUGUGCUACCACGUAUUGUUCCUCAUCUGUUACCAAACCAGCAAACAGACUUACUGGAAAGAACACACUGGCCAGAAAAUCAACAUGGCUAAAUUAACCUGGACAUGUCUGAGGAACAAUUAGGUCUCUAGCACACCAGUUUGGUAAGUGGGUCAGCUGUUUUGCAACCAGCACCCACCAUGACAAAAUGGUAUGUAGGAGAGAAAAAAUACCGCAUAGGAUAUGGAUUGCUUUCAACUUAAUUAAAAGUAGGAAUAAGAUCAUUCUAAGCAAUGAAAGGUGAAAUAACAGAAGAAAAGAAAAAUAAGCAAAUAUGUUAAAUGAUUAAUUAUUCAUGACCAUGUAAUCAGUAAAGCAAACAAAAAUUUCCUGAGGUUUAAAUAUUUACAUCUUCUGCUGAGAAGUACCACAGUUGUAACCACAAACACAGCUAAGCAACACUUAUAAUUGCAGUGUGCAAAUAUUUGGUAAUCAUUGAGGCAAUGUUGAAAAUUGACUCCUUCAUGACUGUAAAUAUAUACGGUGAUAAUUUUGUGUAACAUAAGCAUCUGACUGAAAAUUCAGGUUUCCUAUUCCUAACCCAUUUGUAGGGAUUGUGAUCCUUUUGUUUUUCCUACCAAUUAGACAUUUACCUUGAACAUUGAAACUAUAUUUAUAUAGUGUUAUUAUGUCAUUAUAGCCAUUCUCAUAGUUAAAUUAUACAAUCUUGGGGGUUUUAACUCAAGAUGAACUAGGCUUUUACUGCUACAGUUCACUGUUGUCAUCUUCUCUGAUUCCUGAAAUUCAUGCCUAGGAACACAAGACAAUUUUUUUUUCGUUUUCUGCUACCACAUAGUCUUCUGACAGAGUUUCAAGCCUAUAUGUACUACUUCUGGUGACAAAAGGGAAAGAUGUGUUCUUUAUUCUGUCAGAGGAUGUGGGAUACCUGAAUUGUGCUACGUGGUUCACCUGUUGCAUCACGAACCGUACGUGCCCAUCUGUACUCUGCAGUGUACAUCUGUGUUCAAGCUGUUACUUAACAAAGUUCAUACCAGCAACCUACUCAUGCUAUCUUGUCAUAUCUAAGGGAAUCCUGCUGGUGCACAGCCUCUGGAAUGGUAUCUCUAGGACCCUGUGGACCCUUGUGUCAUGAACUGCAAAGAUGAAGCAAAGCAAGCUAGGUUCAGCGGUCAUUUCCUCAGUCCAUGUUAAAGCACCAGUGAAGCAACAGAAAAAAACACAACAGCAGAUAGACUUCUACCCAGUCCUAUUUACUUUGUUUUCACACUUUAGGAAACAGAAAUGACUCUGUAAAAGGUGGGACCAAGGUGGGACCAUGUUCUAUUUGUGUCAGUAAGGUGAAUGAGAGUGCAUUCUGCACAGGCUCUUGAAGGUAGUUAAUAGCAGAUUUGGAAAGACAAACCUUUAGCAUCGGUCAUCCUUUGGAAAAGACUUUUGGCAGCCUGGCAACUAACUCACUGGUCAUCAGUACAGUUACUGGAAAGCUGACUCUCCCAGGCACAAUGCUUCAGCCUCACUUUAAGUGCCACAUCAGAUUGAUUCUUAGCAUCUUAAACACACAUUUCCUUCUGGCAAUAUGUGGGUGGAUCUCUGAACAUAAUGGGAACCUUCUGUUUGACCCAAUUUGACCAGAUUAAAAGAGGAUAUACAGGUCACGAACUCUCCAUUUUUCAGGGCAUAAUUAUAUCUAAUUUUCUAAUAAUCCGGUUUCUAUACAGUGCUCUUUUCCCCAUUUUUAAAGUACCUAUUAUGCCAUGUUGAAACGUUGAUCCAGCUGUACAGAGAUGAAGUCAUUUGCCUGAAAUCACAAAGCUGACCCCAGUAACAACAGAUCUAUCCGUGAGCCCCAUUCUCACCAUUUCUUCUCAUCAUUUGGUCAAACAUGUCACAGAGUCAAAAACCUCAUUCAACACUGCCUUAUCACGCAUUGUGCUGUACAGGCACAAAAUCAGGCUUUCUCUGCAGGUCUAGGUCAUGAGUGGAAAGGUGUUAAUGCUUCCAGUACAGAGAGCAUGCAAAAGGACAUACUGAAGUAAUUGCUGGAACAAAGCCCAUGGCAGAAGACAGGGUUUGUCAGCGCUCUUGUAACAAUAUUGAAUAAGGCAGAUACCAACAACUUUAGCUCCCCAGCGAGGAAGUAUUGACUAAAGUCAUUGCAAUGGAUUCACUGUGUUGAAGGAUGGGGAACAUUCAUACUUUCAUUGCUUGUGAGAAAUACCACAGACUUCUUUUCCAGAUGUGCCACUGCCCAAUGGCUUCACACCUUUCUCUGCCUCAGUUUUUUCAUCUACAGAACUGGGAAAAUGGUGUUGAGUCUCUUUGCAAAACACAGAUCUGUGGCGAGAGAGGCCUACAUAAUCCUAAAAUAUAAUUUGUUUUUAGGCAAUUGAUAGUUGGUACAGAUAAUUGAGAUGGCUACUGUGGCUUUUCCCUGUGCUAUUAGAGUGAAACUUCUGCCAGCCCCCGUUACGAAGCGAUGUGUGAGUUUGAUUAUGCUUGUGACUAGGUGUAGCAUCUCCAUGCCUUGUCUCACCUUCCCGCCUCCCUGGCUGGAGCAGAGAUCAGGCGACUAAGUGCAAAGCGGGUUCUGAAAAUGGGAGGAGUGUAUGUGCAAAUUCUGGGAAUCCACCUCAGAUCCCUACCCCACCUCUUCCCACCACCUCCCAGUGCCCGCCCCCAGCUUCAGCCUGCUGCCUUAAACUGCUGCCACCCUGAGCUAGGUUGAACAUUCUCGGCUGCUGACUGCACAAGUGCACCUGGUGGGACAGACACGAUGGGGCUGAGGUUGUGCAGCUGGGCUCCCCUGGGGUCUCUCCUCUCCCUGCUCUUUUCCACCAGCAUGGCGUACAUUGCUACCAGAGACAACUGCUGCAUACUGGAUGACAGAUUUGGUAGCUUCUGCCCAACAACUUGUGGCAUUGAAGAUUUCUUUAGUAAAUACCAUGCCGCUGUAGAUAAUGACCUGCUGGAAAUGGAGAGACUUUUGCAGCGGAUUUCUAAUGCCACAGUAACAGCAGACCAUCUGAUCGAACACAUCCAAGGCCUCUAUCCUUCAGAAAAGCAGACAUUACCAAAUUCAAUUGAUGAUUUCACUCAAAAGUCCAGGAAAAUAAUUGAAGAAAUUAUCAGAUAUGAAAACACUAUAUUGUCUCAUGAAGCUACUAUACAACAGUUGACAGACACACAUAUAAUGAACGGCAACAGGAUCACAGAGCUGAAACAGAAGAUUGCCCAGCUUGAGUCACUCUGUCAGGAGCCGUGCAAGGACCGGGCUGAAAUUCAGGAGACAACUGGAAGAGAUUGUCAAGACAUUGCAAAUAAGGGUGCAAGGAAAAGUGGUCUGUACUUUAUCAAGCCUCAGAGAGCCAAGCAGUCAUUCCUAGUCUACUGUGAGAUUGACUCAUAUGGCAAUGGCUGGACAGUACUACAAAGGAGACUGGAUGGGAGUGAAGACUUCAGCAAAAAUUGGGUUCAGUACAAGGAAGGAUUUGGACAUCUGUCUCCAGAUGACACCACUGAGUUCUGGCUGGGCAAUGAAAAGAUGCAUUUAAUUACUACACAGUCUACUCUGCCAUACACCUUACGAAUAGAGCUGGAGGACUGGAGUGGCAAAAAAAGCACUGCUGACUACGCUGUAUUCCGAGUGGGAAGUGAAGAGGACAAGUAUCGACUGACUUACGCCUACUUCAUCGGGGGUGACGCCGGGGAUGCCUUUGAUGGGUACGAUUUUGGGGAUGACCCAAGUGACAAAUCCUACACCUACCACAACGGCAUGCGGUUCAGUACCCACGAUAAUGACAACGACAACUACGAAGGCAACUGUGCUGAGCAGGACGGAUCUGGGUGGUGGAUGAAUAGGUGUCAUGCUGGCCACCUCAAUGGCAAAUAUUAUCAAGGUGGUGUGUACACAUCGGAAGAUGCUGGUCCAUCUGGAUUUGACAAUGGCAUUAUCUGGGCAACCUGGCGUGACCGGUGGUACUCCAUGAAGAAAUCUGCAAUGAAAAUCAUCCCAUUCAACAGACUGUCAGUAGAUGGACAGCAGCACAACUUAGGCAAUGUCAAACAGGUUGGAGACGCAUAAAGGACAAAUUGAGAAAGACCAGUCUGAACAGGAAAAGCAAAUCUUUUCUUAGACAGUGAACUCAGCAAACAUUACACAGUUCAGUUUUGACUAUAAAGCAAUAUUGACUGUAAGAUACCCAAACCUCUUCCCUGAGCAGUACAUACCUCUGUAGAUGGUUGGUUUU